AUGUUUCAGGUAACUUCCCCUCACGUCCCAUUUCUUUCCUCCCAGAAACCCUUCUCUUAUCCCCACGUUCCCUCCCCUCCCUCUGUACCCCAGACCCAGCUACCCACCCUGCAAAAUCCCCCCCAUACCCCGGUAAACUCUCCCCAAAAUGUCCGUUAUAUCCCGGUAACCUCCCCUCCCUCUGUACCCCAAAACCAGCUGACGUCCUGUCAGAACUACCCUUCUUCUCCGUUAAACUCGGCUCCAAACUUUCUUCCUCCCCAGCAAAGAUCCCCUCAUUUCUUGUACCCCCAAGGUCCAUUUUCUAAUCUUUCUAAUCCACACUUUACCUCCCCACCCUCUGUACCCCAGACCCAGCUACCUACCCUGCAAAAUCUCUCUAAUACCCCGGUAAACUCCCCUCAAAACGUCCGUUACACCCCGGUAAACUCCCCUCAAAACGUCCGUUACACCCCGGUAAACUCCCCUCUAGAUGUCCGUUAUACCCCGGUAAACUCCCCUCUAGAUGUCCGUUAUACCCCGGUAAACUCCCCUCAAAACGUCCGUUAUACCCCGGUAAACUCCCCUCUAGACUUCCCUUCGCCCCAGCUUUCUCCCCCUCCCCUCCUCUCCCCGUCCCAGCACCAUCUCUGCAUCCAAAAUCCCGACCGGUCUUCAGAUAAUCCAGACUGGAUCAGAUCAGAACCGCUGGCUGAACUUCCCUACAGUUACUCCUACCAGAACCAUCUGGAUCUCCAGAACCAGAACCAGAACCAGUUCAGCACUGGUGUGACUCACCACGGAGACCAAACGGAGAACACACACCUGGCCUCCAAUCACCACACACACCUGGCCUCCAAUCACCACACACACCUGGCCAACAAUCACCACACACACCUGGCCUCCAAUCACCACACACACCUGGCCAACAAUCACCACACACACCUGGCCAACAAUCACCACACACACCUGGCCAACAAUCACCACACACACCUGGCCAACAAUCACCACACACACCUGGCCUCCAACCAUCACACACACCUGGCCAACAAUCACCACACACACCUGGCCAACAAUCACCACACACACCUGGCCUCCAACCAUCACACACACCUGGCCAACAAUCACCACACACACCUGGCCAACAAUCACCACACACACCUGGCCUCCGACCAUCACACACACCUGGCCAACAAUCACCACACACACCUGGCCUCCGACCAUCACACACACCUUACCAGCGGUGCUUACGGACAAGACCAGGACGCCUGGCGGCCGACUCUGUCCCAGCUGCGGUGCUCUCCGCUGGGCUCGGGGACCGGUGGUAUCCCCCCAGGCAGCUGGAGCUCCGUGGACUUCAACAACCAAUCGCCUGCUGAAGAUUUCACCGGCUCGCAGUUCUUCCCCGACAGUUACCAUGACAACUACGCCCCGCAGCCCUUCUGUAGCCCCACCACCCCUGGCCCGAGUCCUCAUUACCCACAAACCCCGGCGGUCUGCAGCCCCGGCCCUCAGAUGCACCCCGGUCAAGAGAGACUGGACUUUCUCGCUCAACCGUCCAGGAAAACGCUCAGCUGCUGUUUCCACGACUACGACAGUUGCCCGGUGACCUCCGACCCGGCUCAGACAACACAUCGAGGCCAGGAUGUCGACGCCGCUGCCCGGGCUCCGAGCCUCGCCGCCGGGCCGAGCCUGAGAGACGAGAGCGGAGGAAGAAGAGAAGAUACAGAUAAAGAUUUUCAGAUGAAACAACCUGAAAACAACUUGAGGCUGCUGUGUACCGUGUGUAAGCGUGACUUCAGGAGUCUUCCGGCGUUAAACGGUCACAUGCGUUGCCACAGCGCAUCCAGACCUGCCCCAUGUUUGAACAAGAGUGAAGACUCUUCCGCACCGGUCCAAACCUCCGUCUCCAUAGUGAUGCCCGUCUCCGUGCCCGUCCAAUCCAGAGGCCGGCCCAAGGCGUGUCGGGGCGGGCAGAAGAGAUGCAGUCGCCCCUCUCCAGCCACCGGGGGCGCUGCACCGCUCUACCGCAGCCUGUUGCACCCAGAAGAACAGGAAGCAGGGGAUGGAGUGGUUGCCGGGAUACACUACACCCCCCCGCCCAUGCUUUGCCCCCUCAGAGCGGGACUAGGGUUGUACUGCUCCCUCGCCACUGGGAGGCAGCAGAGAGUGCAGACUGUGCAGCUCCACAAUGCACACAAUGGAUUUAAGGAUCGUGUUGCCAUGGAGACAGCCUCUCCUCCCCCCGAGACACUCAUCAACAAGCCGCGGAUCAAUGAGGGGCGGGACUUCCAGGCUGAAAUCCCGCCUCUACGGGACCGAAAACACGCUGCCUCCGACUCCCACAAUGCAGUGCUUCUGUGGACGCAGUGGGACGAGCUUGAGCGGCCUGUCAAUCAACACAGAGUUGAAGCUCUGUUGACGAUGGCUCGCUCCAGCGUGCUGCCAGGGGGCGGGGCCAGCCCAGAGACUGCCCUCCACGUCCUAUCACAGUUCAGAGGAGACUUCCUGCUGACCGUGGAGAAGCUGCUGACCCCCCAAACCUCCAACAACAGCCUGGCUCCCCAGUCUCUCAGGGAGAGGUGGAGCGCAGCAGAGACGAGGUUGCUGGUUAAAUCCCUGCAGCUGCAUCACAAAGACUUCAGCAGAAUCCAGAGAGACGUCCAGACUAAGUCUCUCUCUCAGUGUGUGGAGUUCUAUUAUCUGUGGAAGAAGAAGCUGAGUCUGAGUGCGAGGACCCCGGCCCGGCUGACAGUCACGCUGCCCAACACAAACGGUCAAAGGUCGUCCAGAUCUCCUGAUGCAUCCUGAACGUCGGCCGGAGCGACACACUACUAACAACGCAAAGAUAGACUGUACAUGUUAUUAUUUAGGCUACAAAAGUGGAGAAAUACUUAAAGAAAAGCCACAACAACUUCAA